UUUCUCUAAAGUAAAAAUCCACACACACGCAGCAGUCACAGACAAACACCCUUUAUUUCCGUCUAUCUAUUAUCUGUUAUUUCUCUCUUCUUCUUCCUCCAUCUCCAUCGCCUUUGCCUUCCUCCCAUGGCUGAUGCUAAGCAACCCCACUUGAACGGGGCAUACUACGGCCCCCCGAUUCCUCCCCAGCAAUCCUACCACAGGCCUGGCCGUGGCAGAGGCUGCGGCUGCGGCUGUUGCCUCCUCAGCCUUCUCUUCAAGAUCAUCAUCACUGUUGUCGUCGUCGUCGGCAUCGCCGUCCUUGUCCUCUGGCUCGUCUUUCACCCCAACAAGGUCAAGUUCCAUGUCGUUAACGCUUCGCUUACAGAAUUCAAUCUCACCGGCAACACGCUCAGCUACAACCUUGCACUCAAUAUGACCGUGAGAAACCCAAACAAGAAGAUUGGCGUUUACUACGACCGGAUUGAAGCCAGAGCUUUCUACGACGACGUCAUGUUUGGAUCCCAGACCCUGACACCCUUCUACCAAGGCCACAAGAACACCACUUUCCUCAAUCCUGUCUUCCAGGGCCAAUCACCACUAGUUCUCGGCACUUCCGAGCUUAACGAUUUCAAUACUGACAAGACUGCUGCCUCCUUCGAUAUCGAUGUCAAGCUGUAUCUCCGGAUUAGAUUCAAGGUUGGCUCGCUCAAGACUAACAAGUAUAAGCCCAAGGUUAAGUGCGAAUUCAAGGUUCCUUUGGUCACUAAUCGCAGCUCGGUUGGUGGGUUCGAAACCACGAGAUGCGACAUCGAUUUCUGAUCGGUCUAGCCAUUCACACCUACACCAUUGAUUCUUCUGUUUAUUUAUUAUCUACUCUUUUUUUUUCUGAUUUACAGUGUUUCGUAUAUCAGCGGCUGUAUGUAUAUGUUAUUUUCUGCGUAGGACACAGAUUAUUUUGUUCAUUGGUUUACA